UCAAAUGACAUGCAAGCCGAUUAUCCAGGAAGUUGUAAACAAUUGAAUUUUUAAAUAAAUUCUAAUAUAUCUGCUAAGUUAUAGUUGAUUUUCAGAAGAACAUUAAGUAUAUUAUGUUACAGAAUUAUUAAAAUACUGGGAACGCAAGUUUUUAUAUAAUUUUAUAACGUUCGAGAUUGUGCUAUCAAAACUUAGAAAUGUUGGCUAGAAAUAUGAAUUUAAACAGAACAUGUUUAAAAUACUUCUCGGUUUCUUCGUGUUGCCAUCAGACCAAGCACUUAUUACGCCAACAGAAGACUGUUGCAAGAUUUAGUAGUACUCUACUUCAAGAUAAAAACAUAACCUAUAAUCCUUCGAUUUUGCCGCAGAAAAGUUUUCAUGAGACUAAACAAAGCAUUAAACCAUUAGUCGAAGAUCAAAACUGUAAUACUUUUACAUAUAGAACUCAUACUUGUGGAGAACUUAGGCCCCAACAUGAAGGACUGAAAGUCACUCUUUGUGGUUGGAUUCAGUUCUCUAGAUUAUCCAAAUUCCUUUUACUAAGGGACGCAUAUGGCCUGACACAAUGCAUAGUAAACAACGACAACAUAAACUUCUCUGAUAUACCUUUAGAAACAGUUGUUAAGAUUGAAGGCACUGUGUCACUUAGACCUAAAGACAUGAUCAAUAAAACAAUGGCUACUGGUGAAAUAGAAGUUGUUAUGAACAAGUUAGAAGUACUCAACACUGUAGACAAGCUUCCAUUUAAUCUGAGAGAUUACCAAAAACCUAAAGAACAGCUUAGAUUGCAGCACAGGUACAUAGACUUGAGGUUUCCUGAAAUGCAGAAUAAUUUGAGAAUCCGUUCACACAUGUUGCACAAUAUGAGAAGAUUUUUGAUUGAGAAUCAUGGGUUUGUUGAGGUUGAGACUCCUACAUUGUUUUGUAGGACUCCUGGUGGUGCGAGAGAGUUUGUAGUGCCUACACAUCAUGAGGGAUUGUUCUAUUCUUUAGUCCAAAGUCCACAACAGUUCAAGCAAAUGCUCAUGUCGGGUGGUGUUGAUAGAUACUUCCAAGUGGCAAGAUGUUACAGAGAUGAAACUACUCGGCCGGAUAGACAGCCUGAGUUCACACAAUUGGAUAUUGAAUUAUCAUUCACCAACCUAGAUGGAGUCUUAACUAUGAUUGAACAUUUACUUUAUGAGACUUUUGUCAAACAACUACCGAAGCCACCUUUCAGAAGAAUGACUUACAAAGAUGCAUUAUCAAAUUAUGGAUCAGACAAACCAAACCUAACAUUUGACUUGAAGUUUGUAAAUAUCAAGAAUUUAUUCCCUGAAAAAUCUGAUGAGGAAGACUUUGGCGCAUAUGCACUUCCUUAUACAAAAGAAAUUGGGAAAUUAACAACAAAAUAUAAAGAAAAAAUUAAAGAAUUUGCCAAAAAAUAUUCCUGUAAAGUGGUAUUAAAUGAAAAUAUUAAUAAGGAAUUGGGAAUAGAAAUUGGAGCAAGGAUUCAAAAUGUUGUAGGAGAUGAUGCAGCAAUAAUAGUUUUAGGUGAAGAUGAGAAUGCCUGCAUUUGUUUAGGAGAAAUAAGAUUAAUGAUGGCCUCAUUAUUAAAAUCAAAGGAGUUACUCCGAGUAAAAGAAAAUGUAGAACCAUUAUGGGUGGUAGACUUCCCCUUAUUUGUAAAAGGAGAAAAUGGCUUAGAGACCUGUCAUCAUCCCUUUACAUCACCACAUCCUGACGACAUGCAUUUAUUAGACUCAGAUCCGUUAAAAGUGAGAUCCUUAGCCUAUGACAUAGUUAUGAAUGGCAAUGAAAUCGGUGGUGGGUCCGUCCGAGUUCACAAUGCUGAGUUACAAGAAAAGCUACUGAAGAUUUUGGACAUUGAUUCUUUGAAGUUAUCACAUUUCUUGAAUGCGUUGAAGUGUGGGUGUCCUCCACAUGCUGGGAUUGCGUUAGGUAUUGAUAGACUGGUUACGUUGGCAUGUGAUGCGGAAUCUAUUAGGGAAGUGAUAGCGUUCCCUAAGUCACAUGAUGGCAGAGACCCAUUGUCAGGAGCUCCUAACACUAUAAGUGAAGAUGACAAGAAGUAUUAUCACAUUUCUACUGUGAAACAUUAGAAGUUUAUUUUAUUUAUUGGUUUUUUAGUUUGUAAGUAUUCCUUGAU